AUGGCUACAACUAUAGGACAACCCUUGAAGGUAGAUACGCCCACUUUGAACAUGAAAAGACCAUCGGUGGCAAGGUUUUAUGUUGAAGUGGAUCUAAUGAAAGUGUUACCAAAAUCAGUGAAGAUCGGGAAUAGAGGACGUAAGCAUGAGCAAAUUUUCACGUAUGAACAUGUCCCUACGUAUUGUUCAAAGUGCAGCAAAAUUGGGCAUAAGGAAAGGGACUGCCGUAUUGGAAAGCCAACUCUACAAAAAAUUGUUGUGGAUAAGGUAACUGCUCUGAAUGAAAAGAAGAAUGGAAUCAAAAUGGCCAAGCAAAAAGUUAAAUUGGGAUCGAAGAAACCUCAUGAGAAACCAGUGUCGAUCCCUGGGGAAUCAACUUCGGGUCUUUCAGCGAAAGAGAAGACAGUGAUCCCAACGGGCAUUCCUGACUCUACGCCUCCAAAAGGCGUAACUGAGGAAGAGGAAAAUUGGGUCUCUAAACAGGUUGCGACUAAGCCAACUGAUCCGCAGGUUGAGGUUUCUCCUAAAGGGAAUCGAUUCUCUGUUCUUGCGGACAUUGACGAAGUGACAAAUGGAUCUGACUCUAGUGAGGAGAAUGUAGAACAAAUUCUGGUUGAGGAGCCAUCGCUUGAGAAUAAUUCAACUCCCAAAAAGCGUGAAAACCUAGCCUUAGCAUUAAUUCCGCAGGCCAAACAGUUGAUAAAUAAGCAUUCUGAUGACUGCAGUGUUGGCUCUCGAAGUCUGAUUGAGGACAGUGAGGAUGAGUAUGUCAACAGUGAUGAUGAACGAUGGUCUGAGGAGGACAGGUUUGAUCUUGAAUCUCCUGAACUUACAGCUGGGAAUGUUUCUGCUCCUAAGAAAAGAGGUCGUAAAUCAAAAAGUGAAAAGGCUAAGUUGCUGCUUGACAUUGUUCCGCGGCGAUCUUCUCGUCUGAACUGA